AUGGUACUUUGUUUGUCUUCUUUUGUCGUUGUGUCCUUUGACUUGGAUAAUAUUGAUUGUAAAGCUUUUGUGUGGUGCACCGAUUUUCAGUGGCGAAUAGGUACCAGUUUGUUGAUAUAUAUAUAUAUAGACAACAUGUCAUCCAAUAGUUUAAAUGAACUCAUUCAUGAUCUUCUUAUAUUCAUCUUAGAAUAUAAUUGGAUAUAUAAUUUUCAAUGGAUUGGUGAUUUAUGUAAGAUUAAAAAAGAUUCUUCUAAUAUUCAUAUAUCAUCUGUUAUUGAAAAUAUACCAACAUCUUGGAAAAAUGUAUUAAAGAAUGCAAAUCUUCAAGAAUUACAAAUGUUUGUUUUAGAUCCUUCAAAUUUAUCCCAUUGGCCUUAUGAUCUAUUAAAUCUAUCCAUGAAAUGUCAUCAAUUCACAAGAUUAUUAUCGCAAUAUAUUAGUAUCCAUUCAAAUAAAAAAUUUGUUGGUUGCUAUUUUAAUUCAUCUAGUAUGUGUACAGAUAUGAGAUUAUGUAAUCAAAUUAAUAAAUUACAAAAAAAUUAUCUUUUAAAAAUGUCUAAUAAGAAAUCUUAUGAACUUAAACAAAUAUCAACAUUGAUACAAACAAUUUUAUUAUCAUUUAUGGAUACUACUACUAAUACUACUACUAAUGAUAAUACGACUACUACUACUCCCCCUCCUCUUUCUCUUACUAUUACUACUACUACUAAUAAUAAUAAUACGACUACUACUAAUACGACCACUCCUCCUCCCCCUCCUCCUACUGCUAACACGACUACUAAUACUACUAAUGAUAAUAAUAAUACGACUACUACUACUACUACUACUACUACUACUACUGCUACUAAUGCGACUACUACUCCUCCUCCUCCUACUACUACUACUAAUACUACUCCUACUGCCACUAAUACAACUACCACUACAACUUCUACUCGCACUACUACUGCUACUACUAAUAAUAAUAGUAACAAUAAUAAUACGACUCCUACUCCUCCUACUACUAAUAAUAAUAGAACUCCUACUACUACUGCUACUAAUCCUCCUCCUCCUCCUCCUCCUCCUACUAAUACUACUACUACUACUACUACUACUAAUGAUAAUGAAUUUGUCAAUUCUUCACAAGAAAUAUUUCCCUAUAAUGAAUUUCUAUUGAACAGUGAACAUAUUGGGGAUCAUUUUCAAACUAUUCCAUUAAUCAGUAAUGAAAUAAUACAAGAUCGAAAUUCAAACAUCCCACUUAAAAUUAUUGAUAUUGGUUCUGGAUUAGGCUAUUUAUCUAAUUAUAUUGGUUAUCAAUUAAUAUUAAACUAUGGGGAUUUCUUUACUGAACCUCAAAUUAUUUCAGUUGAAUGUAAUGAAGACUUACAUGUCAAAGCUUUAAAAAAUUUAAGCCAAUACAAUUCACUAUUUCAAGUGAAAUCUUUAAAUUCAAUUGUGAAACGUCUACUAUUUCGUGUUGAAUCAACAAAUUUAGAUUUAUUACAAACAAGACUUUAUGAAUUCACUUCUGGUUCUCAUUACUUAUUACUUGGUUUACAUUGUUGUGGAGAUUUAAGUCAAUCUAUGAUUGAAUUAUUUCAUAAAGAUAAUUCAGCACAAAUUCUAUUAUUAGUUGGAUGUUGUUAUCAUAAAAUGACAGUGAAAAAGUUUCCUACAAGUGAUUAUUUACGUAAAACUAUGUUCAAUUGUGAUUUGAACUUUAUUGACAAAUGUAUUUCACCAGCUACAUUACGUUUAGCAUGUCAACAUUCACCUUUAAAAUGGUUAAAUUGGACAGAAUUAGAUGCUAAUAAACAUCGUAUACGUGUAUUGUCUCGUAUAAUAUUAGAUUUGAUAUUAAUUAGAUAUGAUAACUUGUCUACGGAAUUGGAACAAUAUAAACGAUUUGAUCCAGUAAUACAAUAUGAUGCCAUAAUGAAAUUGUUAGCUAACAAUGAUCAUGACAACGAUACAAGUGAUAAUCAUCGGUCAAUUCAUUUCAACGAUGUAUAUUCACAUAUCAUUAUCUUUUGGCAAAAGUAUCUAACAGAUAUUCUAUGUUCCAAUCAAUUGACUACUAGUGAUCUAUUUUUCUUGGAGUAUUAUAACUAUUUUGAACAGAUAUGGAAUUUAAUACCAGGUCUAUUAGCUUUACAACAAUUAUUUCAACCAUUACUUGAAACUAUUAUCCUAUUUGAUCGUUUAUGGUAUGUUAGAGAAUAUAGAAACAUAAAUGGAAACAGUAAUCAAGAGGAUCCUUAUCAAUAUUCUGGUUAUAUACGUAUUUUUGACCCAAUUUUAUCACCACGUUGUAUGGCAUUGUUAGUUUGUAAAAAACAUGGAAAUGUAUAA